CAGCGGUGAGAUCUCCGAGCUGGAGCAAGGACUGACGUGCAUCGACAUCGCUUAGAUUGCCGAGGACCCACAUGAGCUGAGGCGAGGACAACAAGCGGAACAGAUUCCAGCAUAGUAGAGGACGCAGCUAGCAGGACGGUGGGAAGAAACACUUCCAUCUCGCAAUGACAGGAGGAGAGCAUAGUUGAGGGGUUGACGAUGUACCGCUAGAAACGUGUAUUGGCUGUCAGUCCCGAAGAGUUGCUUACAGUAUCUAAUUUUGAAAACGUUCGUCUCGGACUACUGUUCCCGGAGGACAUGUAGUCUUCGUACAGAACAGUCAGCGUCGUUGAUCUCCUGCCGAGCAGACCGCCGACUGCAAGUGCUCCUGUGACCUCCCGUAGCCGUGCGGAGCUUAGCCGGUAUGCCUUUGCACGGCCACGUAGCGUGCGAGCAUGGCUGACGGCAGGCCUGCACUACCCCACUGGCAUACUGCUACAUCUGCCCAUCUCCUGGACGCGAGACAGCGUAAUGGACGUCUGGGCAGCAGGAAGAGUCGAGGAGGCUGCAUUACGUGUAAAGCGAGGCGCGUGAAAUGCGAUGAGCAGCGACCGCUAUGCCGACGCUGUACAAGCGUAGGUCGGAAAUGUGAAGGCUACGUCGAACGCAUCUCUAGAUCAUCGAGCUCUGGCAAUGCCUUGGUCGCCAGUCCAACAGCUACGCAAUUCCUGGCUGGGCGGGAGAAUGACACCAGGACGUUCGACUUCUUCGUCUCCUUCUCCGCACCACGUAUGGCGGGCUGCUUCGACAAGACAUUUUGGUGCGGCUACCUACUGCAGCUCUCACACUCAGAACCUCUGGUCUUGGACUGCGUUCUGGCCAUCUCGACGUUGUACGAGCACCCACAGUAUCUGACAUCCUUCCACCGCGUGCGACAGCACACGGCCAAGCCGGAAAAGGGUGCCAUCACCUCAACCGAGAGCGCUUCCGACCUGGACGAGCAUCACGCCAAAGCUCUGCAAGUGUACAACCGCGCGAUCAGCGAAGUUCGACGAAGAGUAGAGGAUGCUUCAGCAUCGCCCCUGAUUGUCUUGCUGAGCUGCGUGCUUUUCGUCUGUAUUGAGCUAAUCCGGGACAACAUCUUCUCGGCCCUAGCCCUGCUCUCGAAGGGCAACCAACUGCUAAAGCAAUUCGCGAACAUGACUUUGAUAGGCGACGAGCAUACCAUCUUCCGACACAUCAAGCCCAUGUUGGCGCGCAUUGAUGUCCUGGCCGGCGCAUUCGGCAUCCCACAUCCAGUCGAAGUUCCAGCCGAGUUCGUGGUCAUUGGCCAACACAGAGUCUUUUCCAGCACCAUGGAUGCGAGGACUGCAAUCUACGGUCUCAUGGCGGAAAGUCAUGACUUUAUCAAAGCGGCUGCGGUAUACAAGGCCUCGAUACUGGAUGGACAGCUUUAUGCCGAGAGUGAGUGCGUCAUGUGCGAUUUGAUGUCGGAGACUGGGGCGGCUGUCCUGCCGGCUACGGUCAACCUUCGGACGGGAGAUGGCGCUACGAAGGAUAACAAUGAGACUGGCCUUGGUGGUGAAACGUGCCCGUCAAAGAAGGGUCACAAGGGGCGCACGCGGCUGUUUGGGCCGAAAGAUGUGCUGAUGUACGAGUCUGUCUCGCAGUUCUGCGACUGCGAAGAGGAACCAUGCCUCGCUGCUCAGCACCAUGGCAAAGAUGAGCAGCCCUCGAUGUGGCUACCCCUACACGGUAAAGCAAGCGUCAUUGUUGACACCGUCAGCGCUCCUGAACAAGCGACUUCGCCGAAUCUCGCAUUCACCAGCACACCAUUACUGAGUGGUUCAUCUCCUCCUCUAUCAAUGCCUACUGCACCUCCCUCAGCUCUUCUAGACAAACAAAGAUACUUCGAAAACCGCCUAGGCCAAUGGUACGACGCCCUCCACUGGACCCGCACCUCCGCGACCCCUCAAGACACAGAAGCAGCCAGCAACCUCCUCAUGUACUACCACAUCUCCCAAAUCUGGCUCACGACCCGUCUCGUCUUGAACCAAACGGUCUUCGACGAAUACACCCACCACUUCCAGCAAAUCCUGCACCAUGCCGAAACAUUACUCGGAUCUAGACCCGACGAUGAUCCACCAGUCUUCACCUUCGAAGUCGGUAUCGUGCCGCCUCUUUACUUCGUCGCGACUAAAUGCCGCAUCCCAAGUCUACGCCGACAAGCGUUGCGGCUGCUUGCAAGGGCGCCGAAGAAGGAGUGUAUGUGGGGUGCUAAUUCGACGAGGCAGAUGGCUGCGAGGAUUGUUGCGAUCGAGGAGGAAGGCCUGGACCUGCCGGAGCCGGAGCUUAAUGUUGUCCAAAGCUGCGAGGGCACCACGGCAUGUGAUGUUGACGAUUCGCGACUUCCCCCCGAGGCGAAUCGAGUGCACAAUGUGGAGAUUCUGGCUAAUAAGGUGACGGGUGUGUUUGAAGUCCGGGUGACGCGCUAUCGACUGCAAAGAGGUGGUUUGAGGAAGGUUGUGCAGGAUUAUCCGAUAUGAGCGCGCUUUACACUGCUACCAUCGAACCGACGUUGCCUGAGCGCUGUUUAACCCGCCGAUCGACCUUCACCUCCACCUCCUUAAAGCCCGUCGGGAUGCUCGUCACUACGUUACUUGCACCAUAUUACCUCGGUCGUCCUUUCAUUAAUGAACCAUAGCCCUUCCACCAUACCGCCCGCCUGG